GUUGCAGCGGCGGCGGCGGCGGCGGCGGCGGCGGCGGCGGCGGGAGCGGCGGCGGGACCGGAGGCGGCGGCUGCCCGCGGCCCAUCGCGGCGCCGGAGCUUGUGCGUCUCGGCCCGGAGCCCGGCCCGGGCGGCGGCGCCGACGUGCCUCUGCCAGCUUUUUUUCAAGGAGGCGGGAGUAAGGAAAAAGGCUUAGGGCCCAGGGGGCGGGGAAGGGGGGCCGGGCCUGGAUCCGGCGGGGAGGCCGAGCCCGAGGCCCGACCGUGGCUCGCGCGGGCCGGGGGACACGGAUCGAAAGGCGGCGGCGGUGCGGAUCUCACGGCGGCGGCGGGUGGGGCCCGGGGGCCCGGGGGCGCGCGCGCGGGCACCAUGGCGUCGGUGCAGGCCUCCCGCCGCCAGUGGUGCUACCUGUGCGACCUGCCCAAGAUGCCGUGGGCCAUGGUGUGGGACUUCAGCGAGGCCGUGUGCCGCGGCUGCGUGAAUUUCGAGGGCGCCGAUCGCAUCGAGCUGCUCAUCGACGCCGCUCGCCAGCUCAAGCGCAGCCACGUGCUCCCCGAGGGUCGCUCCCCGGGGCCCCCGGCCCUCAAGCAUCCGGCCACGAAAGACCUGGCCACGGCCGCCGCGCAGGGGCCCCAGCUGCCGCCCCCGCAGGCCCAGCCCCAGCCUUCGGGGACGGGCGGCGGCGUCUCGAGCCAGGACCGCUAUGACAGGGCCACCUCCUCUGGCCGCCUCCCCCUGCCCUCUCCCGCCUUGGAGUACACGCUGGGCUCCCGCCUGGCCAAUGGGCUGGGCCGCGAAGACGUGGUGGCCGAGGGGGCGCGCAGGGCUCUGCUUGGCUCCAUGCCCGGCCUGGUACCCCCCGGGCUGCUGGCAGCUGCGGUGUCCGGCCUGGGGAGCCGCGGCCUGACCCUCGCACCCGGCUUAAGUCCUGCCCGUCCAGUCUUCGGCUCCGAUUUCGAGAAGGAGAAGCAACAGAGGAAUGCGGACUGCCUGGCCGAACUGAACGAGGCCAUGCGGGGCCGGGCAGAGGAGUGGCACGGGCGCCCCAAGGCGGUGCGGGAGCAGCUGCUGGCCCUGUCCGCCUGUGCCCCCUUCAAUGUGCGCUUCAAGAAGGAUCACGGGCUGGUGGGCCGGGUCUUCGCCUUCGAUGCCACCGCCCGCCCGCCGGGCUAUGAGUUCGAGCUGAAGCUCUUCACCGAGUACCCCUGCGGCUCCGGCAACGUGUACGCAGGCGUCCUGGCUGUGGCCCGCCAGAUGUUCCAUGACGCCCUGCGGGAGCCCGGCAAGGCCCUGGCCUCUUCGGGCUUCAAGUACCUCGAGUACGAGCGCCGCCAUGGCUCGGGCGAGUGGCGCCAGCUGGGCGAGCUGCUGACCGAUGGUGUCCGCAGCUUCCGCGAGCCCGCGCCGGCUGAGGCCUUGCCCCAGCAGUACCCAGAGCCGGCCCCCGCCGCCCUGUGCGGCCCGCCCCCUCGAGCGCCAUCCAGGAACCUGGCCCCCACCCCGCGCCGCCGCAAAGCCUCCCCCGAGCCCGAGGGCGAGGCGGCGGGAAAGAUGACCACGGAGGAACAGCAGCAGCGCCACUGGGUGGCACCCGGGGGGCCCUACUCGGCCGAGACCCCUGGCGUGCCCUCCCCGAUUGCGGCCCUGAAGAACGUGGCCGAGGCCCUGGGCCACUCGCCCAAGGACCCCGGUGGCGGGGGUGGGCGCGCUGGGGGGGCCAGCCCGGCGGCCUCGUCCACUGCCCCGCCCCCCACACCCCACCGCCUGGUGGCUCGCAAUGGUGAGACAGAAGUCAGCCCCACGGCUGGGGCGGAAGCGGUCAGCGGCGGGGGCAGUGGCACCGGAGCCACCCCGGGGGCCCCCCUGUGCUGUACCCUCUGCCGGGAGCGGCUGGAAGACACCCACUUCGUCCAGUGCCCCUCGGUACCCGGACACAAGUUCUGCUUCCCCUGCUCGAGGGAGUUCAUCAAGGCGCAGGGCCCCGCGGGGGAGGUUUACUGUCCCAGUGGGGACAAGUGUCCGCUGGUGGGCUCUUCCGUCCCCUGGGCCUUUAUGCAGGGUGAGAUCGCCACCAUCCUUGCUGGAGACAUCAAGGUCAAGAAAGAACGGGACCCCUAGGCCACCCCUGCAACCAUUUACUCUGCCCUGGCCUCCCUCCGCCACUGCGGAUAACUUAUUCCCCCUCCUGCCCCGCUCUCCCCCUCCCUCACUGUGUACAUACCUCUUCCUCAUCCCCUUGGGUCCCCGGGGUAGAUGCAUCGAGGGUGGGGGGAGAAAGCUUGUGGCUUCUGUCCGAGGGGGUAUUUGGGGUCCCUCGACUCCUCCAGUGUCCCUCUCCCCUCCUUGGCUUGGCUUGGCUGCUGCUUGUAGUUGAGGGAGAGUGGACCCCUCCCCCUGGCGAUGGGGCCUCCAGAAAUCUCGCUCUUUAUAAACGAAGCAAAAAACAUUUAUUACCCCUCCUCUCUCUCUCCCGCCCCCUUUUUCCUCCUUCAAUAAACCGAAAGAUGGUUU